AGAAUGCGUUUGUAUUUACUAUAUAAUGAAUUUUAUUAUUAUUCUGAUCUUCAUACAGUGUACAGAAAAUGUUAUUUGCUUUUAUUUAAAUUCAAGUCUUAACGGAUCUCUUGGUUGUACAUCAAGUUCUCAAAACCGUCACAAACGUGCACCCUCAGAAUACACUAGAUGGCGAGCAGAUUUCGAACCAACAGAAGAGUUUAUCGUGAAAGUCUUCGAAGAAGAUUCACCUGCGCGUAAUUCCCAAGUAGCUCCUGUUGAUAUUGGCAAUGAUAGACCUGUAAAUAAUGUGAAACGUCCAUUUCGUGGUGGAGGAGGUCCAGAUGAUGCAGAAAGUGCAGAAAUUGGAAUUGAUCCUAACACUGACUUGAUAAUAAAUCCAUUUUCAAAAUCAAAACUUGAUGAUAGCGACAAUGCACUUGUACCCGUAUAUUCAAAUAAUAAAAUAAUUUCACAAAAAACGUUUAAAGGUAAAGACACAAAAUAUCCGAAGGUAAAAUAUAUGUCAGUACAAAACGAGAACCAGGACGCACUGUUGGGUUCUGGGUUUUUGUCUAAAUUGGAUUCACCUGUGCAACAGUUCGCCCCAAUAGAACAAGAUUUAACUCGAGAACACAUAUCACCUUUAUUGCAAAUGAAACCCUUGAACUCGGAUCUAAAUUUUGUACCUCAACCAAACGCAAAAGCAACUCGAACGACGCCCAAAUCUGACAUCGUAUACCCUAUGCGAACUUUUAACACAGAAAAGGUUAUACCAAUACGGACUUCAGUAACGGAUAAAUAUCCUUUACGUAAUAUCGUACCAGACAAUUUCAGUCCCAUUCGUACUUCAACAACAGAAAGUUAUUCUUUACCUAAUAUCGUAACAGACGAUUAUAGUCCUUUUGAGUAUAUUCAUCCAUUCCGCACAACACUGGCCGUAAAACCUUUACGUAAAUUGAAGAAAUUAUUCAAUAUGAGAACUGGUACAGACGAAUCAAUCCCUACUAAAGAAACAGUUACUUUUAAAGACGCCGAUGAAGACGAAGACGAUGAGAGUAUAGUGAUAGACACUAAUAACAAAAAAGAAAAGAAAAUUAUAGAAACUGAUUUAGCGAAAGAAAUGGAAUGUGAAGAAAUAGAAUUGGACGCUACGGAAGCGUCGACUGAAAAUUCUACAGUUGUAGAAAAUAAACUUGUCAGUGGCAUCACACGAAAUACAACACUUUCAGAGUUCACAAAGCAAGGAAAUUCACGCCGACACAAAACGACUUGCACUGUGAUAAAGAAUAGAGAAUUUGAUGGUUCGCCGCGUACACUCCAUGAGAUAGUCGUACAAUUAAAGACAUGGGGUGAAAAUAGUCCUGUUGCCAAAUGGAUUGAUAUCACCAAUGGGAAUUACACAACGAUGGAAAAUCCAAUCUAUAUGAUGAUAGUUGAUGACCUCAGUAAAGGACAGAUUGCUUCUGCCAAAGAAACUGUGUUGAUCGUAGCAGGAAUACGUGGAAAAGACCAUUAUGCAGUGUCGGCAGCCAUGAGCUUAUUGCAAAAAUUGAUUGAGAAAAGCGAGAGUCAUUCUGACCUGCAUCUGAAGUACAGGUUUUGGAUAAUUCCCGUGCUGAAUCCUGAUGGUUACGAUUACUCCAUGACUUUUCCACUGCGACGCCACUGGUUCAAGAAUUUACGGCAAACUUGGAACACCGGUAAAGACGAAGCCCAAGGCUGUCAAGGGCUUGGUAUCAGUUGCACGAUACAGACCUGCUAUGGCGUCAAUUUGGACAGAAAUUUUGAAUAUCAAUGGAUACCACCCAAGGAGCUCGAAGCGGAGCACCCCUGCGGGCCGCUAUACGCGGGCCCGCGGCAGCUCAGCGAGGUGGAAACACGAGCGCUCACACAGUACCUGGACAAGAAGCACAUACACACCUUCAUCGCGUACAAAGAAGGUGAUGUACUGGGUGUUCUAUAUCCGUACUCCCAUACAAAGAAGAAGCGGCCUUUAGAUAAUUUUUAUAGAGUUCGGGCCCUGCGCGCCGCAACCGCCGCGUCUGUAGCGGGCGGUCGAGCUUAUGUGUAUGGCCAGACGUCUGAAUACCUACCAUUGUACGCGGGUGGUAUAGAGGACUGGGUGGACGGCCAUCUCGGCAUAGACAACACGUACUCCAUCAUGGUGAUGACGAAGACUGAUGAUAAGGAGGAUAAGGCUCUCAUCGAGCGGGUAACAAACGAAGCGUUCGCGGCUACUCACGCGCUGUUGUUUCCCUCUGACUACGACCAGAAUCACUUGCCCCUUGCGAUAAGGAGCAGAAACGGAGGAACAAAAAUAUCAACGGAAUUUGUCGUUUUUGUUACUUUCGUCAUUUUGGGUAAUGGAUAGUAUAUGUCGUUGAAAUUAUCGAGAAAUUAAUUUGUAUUUAAGAUACAA